CAGAUGAGGACACAACACUUUUCAGAUGUGCUCUGACUCGCAGCUCAGCCUCCAUUCCAAAAAGCCUCUCGGGCGAAACAAUGAAAGAGUAAAAACAGAUUUGGGAAAAACACAAGGACAUGAAUAUGUCUGCUGGGCACAAUGAGACGCCGCGAGACACUACAUGUCAAACUGGGACUGUUGUUUUUUCCUCCAACCCUCUGAUGAGUGAUGUGGAAUCAGACUGGUCUCCAAUUCACGACGCAGCCUUUAAUGGACGAGUUCUCGCUCUGCAAAGACUCAUUACUCAGGGUAAAUGUGUCAAUCUGAACACACUGGACCAGGUCUCUCCUCUCCAUGGGGCUUGUGUACAGGGCCACGAGGCUUGUGCCAAACUUCUGAUAGACAACGGGGCAGAUGUAAACAGAUUGACGGUGGAUGGCAAAUCUCCCCUGACAGAGGCCUGCGCCCGGGGUCACGUGACCCUCGUAGCGUUACUCCUUCAGCACGGAGCGACUCCCGUGGGGACCAGCCACUCCAGCUCUCCAAUCCACCGGGCUGCAGCCAAAGGUCACCCGGAGUGCAUCGCUCCUCUCGUUCAGCACGGUGCAGAUGUGGAUCAGUACAUUGAACAGCUGGGUUCCCCUCUGCACGUCGCCUGUUCCAAUCGGCACCCGGGUGCUGCGAGGAAACUGCUGCAGCUCGGAGCCGGUGUGAACCACAGUGCGUCGGGUGACUCGCCCCUGCACAUCGCAGCUCGUCUGUCCGACCCCGAGCUGGUGUCUCUGCUGCUCGACCACGGGGCCGACCGCUCCCUCAGGAACCCAGAGGGCAAACGGCCGCUGGACCUCGCACCCCCCAGCAGCCCGGCAGAGAGGCGUCUGAGACAAGCAGGAGGUAUUCAACAAACUGAAUGUGCCUCCUCUAAUGCAGAUGUGCAGGCUUAACAUCAGGAGAGCUGUGGGCAAGCGAAGGCUGGGUGGGAUUCAUGACCUUCACCUCCCCACAGAACUGAAACACUACCUCCUCUACCAUUAAGAACCCUGGGAAGAUUUCAUACACUGAAAAACUCAACCCCUCAAGAUCAGAGCAGUUCACCUCUACGUCCAUAGGGGGCGGACUUGCACAGUCUUACAAGGAGACGACUACAUCAUGGCUGAUGGUUGAGAUGGUCAUCGACUGUAAUUCUCCUUAGUGACAGACUCUGAUGAUAAAUAGGGACUUUAUCAUGGGGACCUAAAAGUCCUGCUGCAAGAUGUGAAUAUUCAUAAACAAAAACGCAUGCGUAUAAGAAUGAGAGUAUAAGCCCAGGAGGCCAAGCAAAGACUGCAAAAUGAGCUAUAAAUAAUUAUUUUGAAUAUUACACAACACACCAUUAAGCUAAUGUUGUUUUUUUGUAAUGUCUGGCAAUAAAAUACUUCGUGUUUGGUG